AUGGUCGGAGGAAUUCUCUUUCCAGAGCUCGACGCCCGACUGAACCCAACGGCGACCCGCUCUCCUCUCCGUCUCGCCGUCCUCCGGCUUGGCCUGACCGAGCCGGCGUGGACGUCGCCGCUCAACUUCGGCGUGAGGGACGGCGCCUUCGCCUGUGCUGGAUGCAGUGCGAUCCUCUUCGACUCGUCCGCCAAGUUUGACUCUGGCACGGGCUGGCCCUCGUUCUGGAGGACUGCAGCGGAGAGCGCCGUCGGCUACCGGGAGGAGUACGCCGGCGGCGGCUACUUGGACGGCGGCAGCGUCCGCUCCGCGACCGAGGUGCACUGCGAGGCGUGCGGCGGCCACCUCGGCCACGUCUUUCUCGACGGGCCAGCCAUUGAGGACACGGCGCCCGCGCUGGCCGUGCCGCCGUCAGACCCACGGGCGGGUGCGCGGCGGCCGCGCUUCUGCGUCAACGGCGCGGCGCUCCGCUUCCGCGCCCGAGUGGCGUGA